CAGUAAGCCGAGGAGAACAAGUUUAACGCUUUUUAAGGAGCUUUUCAUUCUGUAUUCAUGAUUGUAGCUGGCAAACAUGCUAACCCAACUGUUACACUCAGUCAUAACAGAUAGGACGUAAUAAAACUGGAUGGUAAAACGUUCAGCCAGGCUUCUUUUGGGGCACCUAUAACCCUGACAGGGGUCUUAUCUUGUCGACAGUAUGGCUGCCUUCAGUAGAGGCAGGCAGAGGAUGAAAACUCUCUGCUGUUUCAGGACUUUAAUACUUUCAAGAAACUUUACAGCAGGUAAAUUUGACUAUGAUUUGGUGGUUAUUGGUGGAGGCUCUGGAGGGUUGGCAUGUUCAAAAGAAGCGGCCCAGUUAGGACAGAAAGUUGCCGUCUUGGACUAUGUUGAACCUUCACUUAAAGGCACAAAGUGGGGUCUCGGUGGCACGUGUGUGAAUGUCGGCUGUAUUCCAAAGAAGCUUAUGCAUCAGGCGGCACUGCUUGGCACUGCUGUCAAAGAUGCUAGGAAGUAUGGCUGGCAAAUCCCAGAAACCCUGUCACAUGACUGGCCAACAAUGGCUGAGGCUGUCCAGAACCAUGUUAGGUCUCUAAACUGGGGUCACAGAGUUCAACUACAAGACAAGAAGGUGAAAUAUUUGAAUAUGAAGGGCAGCCUGCUGGAUAAACACACUGUCAGAGCUGUAAAUGCCCAAGGGAAGGAGAUUACAGUUACAGCCAGAAACAUUCUGUUAGCUACUGGUGGACGGCCAAAGUACCCUACACAUGUCCCAGGUGCCGUGGAGUUCGGGAUCACAAGUGAUGAUGUUUUCUGGCUCAAACAGUCUCCUAAAAAAACGUUGGUCGUUGGUGCAAGUUAUGUAUCGCUGGAGUGUGCUGGUUUUCUUACAGGCAUUGGGCUGGACACCAGUGUGAUGGUGCGCAGUAUCGCCCUCCGCGGGUUUGAUCAGCAAAUGUCUGGUUUAGUCACAGACUACAUGGAGGCGUAUGGCACCAAGUUCUACUGGAAGUGCACACCGAAAAGUGUAGAAAAGCUCCCGUCUGGCCUCCUUCAAGUCACAUGGAUGGAUCUAAACACUAAAGAGGAACAUCGAGACACAUUCAACUCAGUACUUUGGGCUGUAGGCAGAGCCCCUGAAACCAAGACUCUUAAUUUGGAGAAGGUUGGCGUGGAGAUCAGCAAAGAAACGGGGAAGAUUAUCGUGGCUGCUGAUGAAGCCACGUCUGUGCCGAAUAUUUUUGCUAUUGGAGACAUCGGUGAGGGUCGUCCUGAGUUGACCCCCACCGCCAUUAAGGCUGGAAAACUUCUGGCCCACAGACUGGCUGGUCGUUCCACUGAGCUCAUGAAUUACGAGAAUGUAGCUACUACAGUGUUUACACCACUAGAAUAUGGCUGUGUAGGUCUGUCUGAAGAAGAGGCAGAAAGGAGAUAUGGAAAAGACCAGACUGAGGUGUACCAUGCUUUCUACAAGCCACUGGAGUUCACUGUGGCUGAGAGAGAUGCCACUCAGUGCUAUAUAAAGGUGGUUUGUCUACGAGAAGGUGAUCGGCGUGUGCUGGGUCUGCAUUUUACCGGGCCAAAUGCUGGUGAAGUCACACAGGGCUUUGCUUUGGGCUUCCAGUGUGGACUUACCUACGAACACCUCAGGAACACAGUUGGGAUACACCCCACCUGUGCUGAAGAGCUCACCAAACUCAACAUCACUAAACGUUCUGGUCUUGACGCUACGGUGACAGGCUGCUGAGGUUAAGCAUCCCCUUUCCUGAUAUCACAAGCACACGGGAACCUGUUCAGAGGGUUGGGAUAAUGUGAGUUAUGGAGGAAGCGACUCCUAAAAACACAGCAGGUUAUGGCAGGUGGUUUAAAAGUUUAGUUUAAUGUACAAUUUAAGUUCUAAAUAAAUUUACUCGCAAAACAUCUUUGGAACAAGAAUUAUGAUAUUUUAGUCAAAUUACUGAAAUUUCUGUCUUUAGUUUAAAGUUUGUUUACUCCAAAUUUUAUAAAUAAUAAAAUAAUUUGCACAAUUUGAGAGAGUUAACCCAGACAAAAUCACUUUUUACAAGGAACAGAUUUAAUUUAGGCUUUCAUUUGCAUAUAAAAAUUGAUCAGCAAAGAUAAAAUGCAGAUAAAUAAACCUCAUUGGUUCCUGUAGAACUGCAAAAUGACCAAAUCUUAAUCUUCUAAAUAAAAAUGAGGAUAUUUUAGUCAAAUUACAUUAAAAUAAAGUCUGUUCACUGCAGAAAUGUGUAAAGAAAUGCUAAAAUUAAUGGACGUGAUUUGAGCAGUUCAGUCCAAGUCUUUUGAAGAGACAAAAUCACUUUAUACAAUGAACAGAUUUAAUUUGAAUAUUAGACUUAUGUAAAUGUUUCAUUUUAUUUGCUUAUCUAUAUUGAUCAGCAAAUAUAAAAGGCAAAAAAUAAACCUCAUUGGUUCCUGUGGAAACGCAAACAUGACCAAAUGUAAAUGUUCCAAAUAAAAAUGAGGAUAUUUUAGUCAAAUUACAUAAAAUUUAAGUCUGUUCACCCCAAAACUGCAUAAAGAAAUUAUCAAAUAAAUGUACAUGAUUUGAGUGGUUUAAUCCAAGUCUUUUGAAGAGACAAACUCGCUUUAUAUAAUCAACAGAUUUAAUUUAAAGAUCAGAUUUAUGUAAAUAUUUCAUUUUAUUUGCUUAUAAUCAUUGAUCAGCAAACAUAAAACGCAAAUAAAUAAACCCCAUUGGAUCUUGUGGAAACGCAAACAUGACCAAAUCUAAAUCUUCUAAAUAAAAUGAUGAUGUUUUAGCCAAAUUGCAUUGAAUUAAAGUCUGUUCACCCCAGAAAUGUGUAAAGAAAUAAACGUACAUGAUUUGAGUGGUUUAAUCCAAGUCUUUUGAAGAAACAAAAUCACUAUAUAAGGAACAAAUUUAAUUUAAAGGUCAGAUUUAUGUUAAUAUUUUAUUUUAUUUGCUCAUAGACAUUAAUCAGCAAAUAUAAAAUGCAAAUAAAUAAACCUCAUUGGUUCCUGUGGAAACGCAAACAUGACCAAAUCUAAACGUUCUAAAUAAUAAUGCUGAUAUUUUAGUAAAACUACAUUAAAGUCUGUUCACCCCAAAAAUGUGUAAAGAAAUAAAUGUACAUGAUUUGAGUGGUGUAAUCCAAGUCUUCUGAGGAAACAAAAUGACUUUAUAAUGAACAGAUUUCAUAAAAAAAAAAAUCAGAUUUAUGUAAAUAUUUUAUUUUUACAUAAAUAUAAAAUGCGAAUAAAUAAACCUCAUUGGUUCCUGUGGAAACUCAAACCUGCCUCAUGACAGUUAAGAAUGCAGAUUAAUUCUCAAGCAUAAAGCUGGUUUGUUUGAUCUUCUUGACAAAACCUAAAUGUUCUCAAUAUUGUUUGCUGAUCAAUAUUAAUAUGUGAAUAAAAAUGUACAUCUUUCCAUCAUUUAAAGCUAGUCAUCUCUACAGAAGUCUUUUUUUAAACCACUAAAUAAAUAUACAUAUAUUUUUGACAUCUUUUUAUAAAAUGUAUAACGUCUUGGCUGAAAAGAGUUAAAUCAAGACAGGAACAUCUCAAAUAUACUUCUUAAUGAGUAAGGAUGAGUAAAUAAUCACACAAGUGUCACUUUGGAGUCAAUUAACCAUUUAAAAGCUCUUUAGAGUCUUUGUAUUUGACCUUUGAACCACAGAACCAGUGCAAGUCUUCAUUUUUCACAUCUCAAUGUCAAAUCUAAAAACUAAAAAGUGUGUCCCUUAUUACUGUGCCAGUGCAAUUUAGCAUUUUAACCCAAGUUCAGAAGAGCUUUUCACUGCAGGUCAAGAUAAUCCAAUAAGGUCCUCAUAUUUGCUCUGCAGAAUUUAAACGCAGAUGCAGGUUAGAGCAACACGAGCCGCCGCUAACAGAUAAACAUGGCCAUAAAUCAGGAUUAAAGCCCCAUUACAGUUAGCUGAAAUGAGCACCGUUGGAGAAAGUGGGCCUAAUGUUUCUGAAAUAUAUUCUGCAAAUAUUGUUGUUUCUCUGGCUGUACUUCCUGUCCAUUAGUCAUGCGCCGCUCCUGACACUGAUGGAUGGGAUAGGCCAGUCGCCACACUGACACCACCCCAUUUCCCAGGGACGUAGACAAACACUCGGUGAGCGGCGCGUCACUCAAACCCAGAACCAGGUCGUGGACAGAGUGAGCGCUUGUUUAGUCCUGGACUUCAGGAGGUUCCCCAGUGCACAGAGAGUAUGCAGUAUAAUAACAUACUCUCCUGCCCUGAUGUCACUGCGUGGGCUCAGCCGAAAGUGAGGCGUCAGUACCGCUGAUUGCCUAAAGGUGGCAGUGUUGGCUUCUUUUUAUGCACAUAAUGCGAGAAUUGCACAUCUCUGGGCUGUGUAAUCGUUACGAAUUCAAGUCACCGUUAAUCACUGGCAGAAUGGUAAGAUUAAUUGAACACUUACUGGGCGUUUAUCGCUCCAUAGGUUUAGCUUAUCUGUUGUUUGUGUACUCGGCUAAUAGCUUUGGCCUGCCGCAUGCUUGGAGUAGAGUUAAACUGCGGGAAUUCCCAAAAGUUUAAUUCAUUUUGUGACUGGAAAUCUGUGAUCUGUACACUUUCAAAGCAGAUAAAAAGCAGCUUACUGAAAUAAAUUGAUAUGUAAUCUCUGUAUAUGCAAGUACUUGUAGAAUGGGAGAUUUUGUGUUUUUAAGAGUACUUAGUUCAUCCAAAAUGAAGAUUUUUACAUCAUUUACUCAAUCUCAUGUAAUCAGAACUCUGAUAGAGGAUCAAUUAUCAAUUGUACUGGUGGCUCUUUGUCCAUUUAAUUUCAAUAGAGGCUGCUUAAAUGAGUUUCAUGAUUCAAAAAGCAUCAUAAAGGUUAUCUAUACAACUGUUUAUAUAUAAUUUUUAUAUUUAUCUCUAUUUUUGUGUUCACAAGAGAUGUAGUGGUGCCCACUUUUUCAACAUUUUUUUUAAAGUCAUCUUGGUUAUAUCAAAUUGCACAGAUUUAUUUCUCAAAUUCGAUCUCAAAUUAUGAGAUUUUAAUAUCAUAACAAGGAAAUAACUGCUUAAAUUUCUUUCUUUUCCAUACACAAAUCUAUCAAGAAGACUAGCAAUUAAUUAGGUGAUUAUAUGAUGAUUACUUUUGUCUUGUAUUUUUAUUUUUUGCAUGCGUUCCAUUCCCUGUAGCAUGGGAAAGAGCAACCAGAAUAAUUGUACCACAAAAGAGAGCAUUUGUUAGAGGUACAGGUUUGGAUGAACAAAAGAACUGAGUAAAGGAUGGUCAAAUUUAUUUUACGGGUGGAAUUUUUAUUUAAUUGGUUAAUAUAAUGAGUAAUACCUUGAUAUUUGUCAUUUCAGUCUCAGUGAAACUUAAUUCUAUGAAACAACAGAUAUGCUAAACUUAAACACCUGAACUAGUUAGCUACUUAGUUUAAAAUUAAAUAUAGACAAAACAAACGGUUCCCAACAUUUCUAGAGUGUAGUUCUACGAGUUGCAUGGAAAAUAAAUGUGUAAUCAGCUUGAGAAACACUGCUCAAGAUUUCAGUGCCUUAUGUCCCAUUUUGAAAGGGGUAGUUCACUUAGAAAUGCAGGUUCUGUCAUUAUUUACUCAUCCUGCAUCAAACCUAUAUUUUGAAUAAUAUUGGUAACCAAACAUUUUUGACUUUGAUAUUUAUCAUAAAAUAUUUACAUUCACCCCAAACUAAAUACAGUCAAAGGCCCAACCGUUAGCUUUUUCCAUAUUUAACCCAAAUUUGGGUUGAAAUAAAGCAACUUUUUUCUUUUUGAGUGUACGUGUAAGGAAAUAUGAGCAUGAGUAACUUCUGAUUCUUUAACCAUCAUCUUCAAUCAGUCAAAUGCCCAUAUGUGCAUAGUUUCACACAAAUACUUUGCACUGUGUAAAAUUUCCUUCAGUUUCAUGAGAAUGCCGCUUGGACUUGGAAGUGAGCGUUUGUGGUGGAAGAACGUUCCUGCUGGAGUUUGUUUUUGUUUGAAGUCUAAUCUGCCCUGGCUCUGAUUAAUGAGCCUGAGAGUGGAGUGACAGCCUGCCGCGGAGAGGAGCACUGCGCUACCAGGUUUAUUUGUACCUAGGGCUGAUGGGAAGGAUGGGGGGGGGGUCUCGUGUGCUUGACUCAGGGACGGGGUGCUGACUGAAGAACCCUGACCCCAACACACUACCACCAACAGCUUGGCUGUGUCAACCCACACACACAAACACACACACAGACAGUUGGUGGGUGGAGCUGCACCACAACACAUAAAUAUGCGGGUGCUUGUUUCUUUAAAGUGUACAGUUAUUCAUGUUAUGACCAUGUUGACAUUGACAUUUUGAUAUUUGAGCACAUUUAUAAAUGUUAAUCUUUCAUAAGUUACACUUUAUCAGCAUUGAUCAUCUUAAUGACUUAAUGAACAUUUACUUAUGAUUUGUUCCAAACCUGUUUGAAGUCUUCUGUUAAACACAAAAACUAUUUCGAAAACCAGUAGCCAUUGAAAUUCAUAAGAGAAUACUAUGGAAUGCAAUGGUUCAGAAUAACUGUGUUCAGCUGAAGAAAGAAACCAGUUAAAGGCGAGUAAGUGAUGACUGUAUUUUCAUUUUAAGAGAUCUCUUUAAAUGCUGAUAAAAAUGACACACAACCUGCAGGCCAUCUUAAGACAGCAGCUCCAAUCCCCUCAAGCGCACACACGGGUCAGGGUUCAGUUUUCAAGGACCCAGCUAAUGAUGACUUGCACUAAAACCCAAAAGUGGAGAGGGCGAGUCUGAUGUCACUUGGCGUCAUAUUUAUAUCUGUAAAAAGAGAAGCCUGAUUUGGCAUUAAGCCAUGCACGGUGUAAUUUAUAGAUGUGUGUGAUGAAAUAUACAAAUUUACAGUUGCACCAUUAAAAUAAUGAAGGAUUCUCUUCUC